CAUACCCAUGCACACAAUGUAAGUAAUUUAAUGUUCACUUAUUAUAGCAAAAAUAAAAUAAAUAUUAUUUUAAUAAUACUGUAAUAUGAUGUUCAAUCAUAUUAUUGCUGUUGCAUUUUUUGUGUCAACAACAUCAGCUUUAUUUUCAUCAUGCAAUAUUCCACCUCGUUUCUGGUGCGAUUCCAAAGAAAUCGCACGAAGCUGUGGCGUGGAAAUUCAAUGUGCAGAAUGGUUCUGGAACGAAGGUUCAAAUGCUAAGCCAGUAAAGGUUGAUGUGUACUUCGAAUCCCUAUGUCCCGACAGCAUUGAGUAUAUUGUUCAAAUGCUUUACCCAACUUGGAAAAAAUUUCGUGACUCAGAUAUCAUGGAGUUAAAAAUAUAUUCGUAUGGCAAUGCAAACGAAACAAAAAAUUCAAACACUGAAAUGUGGGAUUAUACUUGCCAACAUGGGCCAAGAGAGUGUGUUGGAAAUCUUAUCGAGAAUUGCAUUCAAUAUUACACUAAUUAUAACAUCUUGAAAUAUUUCCCGAUAUUUUACUGUAUGGAGUCUGCAAAAAAUCCUGUUAAUGCAGCUGAAAAGUGUGUGACAGAUGCUGGACUGCAAUGGUCUGAAAUAAAUAAAUGUGCGAGUGGUCCAGAAGGAAAUGCACUCAUGCAUAAAACCGCCAUGGCAACAGAUAGCCUUAAACCAAAGCAGAUAUAUGUACCAUGGGUAGUUAUCAAUGAUAGGCACACGAAGCCAUUGCAAAAGGAUGCUCAAAAUAAUCUGCCAAAGCUUCUGUGUGACACUUAUAGAGGAGCAAAGCCAAUUCAAUGCAAGGAUUAUGUUGAGUCUCAUCCUAUGUUCCAUUAAAUGGCUUUUGUUUUGAGUUAUAAAGUUGCAAGGUUUGCUAUUUCAGAGUAAAUCGUCAAUCAUUUAUGUUAUAGAAUAUUACCUAUGUGUCAUUAUAAUAUUUUCAUUUUAGUGAAAUUGCUAAAACUCACAAAAAUGCAGAAUGAAUUAUUAAUAUUAAUGUAAUGAAUAAGAUUUAUCAAGUCAAGGUGAUCAUGAAAUUUAUAUUUAUUUAGAAUAGAUAAGUAUUGGGAAAUUGAAUUUUAAUGAAUGUGUAUUAACUGUGUUUACUGAUUUGUCUUUUAUUGUUGAAAGUUAAAUCUGUCCUUUGUCGCUUCCAGACAAAUCAUUAUUAUGAGGGGUUCAUCAAUCCGCAAAGGUUUGAAACAUCUGGACUAAAUUGUCUUGCUUUGCGGGUAAAUUUCACUCAGGGAUUAGCAUUGAUAUGUGCUUUAACAGUAGCUAUGGGAACUAAAUGCAUUGAUAUUUGAGCUCUACAUCAACAAUUUUACAUUAAAAUCCCAUCCUCUAAUGUCCAAUGUUUCAAUCGUUGAAGUAAAAGUAUAUACUAAAUUAUUAUUUUUUUUUCAACCUCUAUAUGGCUAAAAAAGAGUUAAAAGCCCCAAAAUUGGUUAUUAGAGACCUCAGAACUAAAAUAUUUUUUCAAGGCUGUUUUUGCAUUGGUCUUUUCUCAUAAUUUCUAAUACAUCAGUGCCUUAUUAGUCAUUUUUCAGCAUUUCAUCUUAUUAUUACUAAUCUAUUCAAUUACCUCAUUUGAAAGUAUUGAGCGGAUCUUUAUUUCGUGUAAACUACCAUAAAACAUAGAUCCUUUUUUUUGUCUUGAUGCAUUUUUCAUUUUCAGUGUUAUUGAACCAACCUCAACUCUGUUGUUAUUUGUAACUCAUAUAGUCAAGACGUCUAAUGUUCCAAUGAUUGAAGUGAAAGUAUAUACUAAUUGGGUGUUAAUUAUUAAUUUUUUUUUGUAACUCGUGAAGGGGUAAAUAAGAGGAUAAGGGUUGAAAAGCCUAAAACUGGUUUGGGACCCAAGAUCUAGAAUUUUUUUAACGCUCUUUUGCAUUGUUUUUUCCUCAUACUAUCUGGUACAUCUGUGCCUCAUUAGUCAUCAUUUAACAUUUUAUCCUUUUAUUAAUCUAUGAUUCUAUUUCUAUUUAUGUUACAUACUGUCAGUAUUGACUACCAUCGUACAUGAAUCGUUUUUUUGUUUUGGUGCAUUUUUCAUUUCAGUGAUAUUGUAUCAACCUCAAGAUGUCCAAUGGUCGAAGGGUGUUAAUUUUAUGUUUUUUGUAACUCGUAAAGAGAUAAAUAAGAGAAUAAAGGUUGAACACCCCAAAACUGGUUUGAGACCUCUGAUCUAGAAUUGUUUUAACGCUGUUGUUGCAUUAGUUUUUCCUCAUACUAUCUAGUACAUCUGUGCCCCAUUAGUCAUUAUUAAGCAUUUUAUCCUUCUAAUAAUCUAUGGUUGGAUUACCUCAUUUGAAAUUAUUGUGCGGAUUUUAUUUCAUAUUCUUUCACAAUUUAUGUUACAUACUGUGAGUGUCAACUACCAUCGUGCAUGAAGCAUUUUUUUUGUCCUUCCCGUUUCAGUGUUAUUGUAUCAAACUCAUCUCUGUUGUUAAUUGUUAUCCCUAUAGGCCUAGUCAAGAUGCCUAUUAAGUGAAGAUGUCCAAUGUUCCAAUGGUCAAAAUGGAAGUAUAUACUAAUUGGGUGUUAAUUUUUUAUUUGUGAAACUCGUAAAGGAGUAAAUAUAACAAAGGUUGAAAACCCAAAAACUGGUUCGAGACCUCAGAUCUAGAAUUUGUGUAACGCUGUUGUUGCACUGUUUUUUCUUCAUACCAUCUAGUACAGUGGUUAUCAAACUUUCUAGGCUGCGCCUCUCUUUUUAGAAUUUGUCGAGUCUCAUACCCACCCCAAAAAUAACUACCGGUAAAUACCAAAAGUUACAAAUAGCAGAUAGUAAUGAAAAAGUAUGUGUUAUUGAAAAUGCUUGGAUGGAACAUAAAUAAUGCAAUAAAUGUUUAAUCACAAAUAUGGCGGGCAAGAUCAAACCUAACGAAUGUUUUUAUUUUCAAUUAGCUGUACGCCUCUCAAAAAAUUGUGCACGCUCUCUAUGUGGGGGUGCCCCACUGUUUGGGAUCCACUGAUCUAGUACAUCUGUGCCUCAUUUUGCAGCAUUUGAUCCUAUUAUUACCUCAUUUGAAAGUAUUGUGGGAAUUUUUAUUUCCUAUUCUUUCACAAUUUAUGUUACAUACUGUGAGUGUCAACUACCAUCGUACAUGAAGCAUUUUUUCGUUUUAGUGUUAUUGUAUCAACCUCAACUCUGUUGUUAUGUGUUAUCCCUAUAGUCAAGAUGUCUAUUAAAUUGAGAUUUGAAUUAAUGUUGUUACUCAAGAGAAAUUAAUAAAGAUUUUUGUCGGUAAUGUAUAAUUUAUUGAACAUUUGCCUUUUAUUCUAGA